CCGGCGCAGUGGGGCCAAGGUACCGGGGAGAUGCCGGGCCGGCGCUGAGGGCUGCGGCCGGGGCAGAUGGAGGCGGGGCGCGGGCCGGCCCGGGCGGCAGGCGGUGUGCGGCAGGGAUGAGGAGCCGCCGGCGGGCGUUCUCAGCGGUGAUGCGCCUCUGUGUGAAGUGCCUGCGGGUGGGCCGGUGGCGCAGGGUCAGGCUGGCAUGGCGGGCGCAGCAGCUGUGGCGCUAUGGGCACCUCUGCCUGCGCUCCCUGCUCUACAACUCCUUCACCAACAGCGACGUGGUGCUGGACUCCCUCUUCGAGCCCAUCUACUGGCUGGUGGAUCACGUCACUCGCUGGUUCGGUGUGGUGUUCGUGGCGCUGGUGAUCGUGCUGACAAGCUCCAUCGUGGCCAUUGUCUACAUCUGCCUGCUGCCCCUCAUCCUGCAGAGCUACCCGCCCGGCUGGAUCUGCUGGCACCUCGUCUACGGCCACUGGAACCUGCUCAUGAUCCUCUUCCACUACUACAUGGCCAUCACCACCCCGCCAGGGCACCCCCCACAGGCCAAGAGCAACACCGUGGCCGUCUCCAUCUGCAGGAAAUGCAUCUCCCCCAAGCCUGCCCGCACGCACCACUGCAGCAUCUGCAACAGGUGUGUGCUGAAGAUGGACCAUCACUGCCCGUGGCUGAAUAACUGCGUGGGACACUACAACCAUCGCUACUUCUUCUCCUUCUGCCUCUUCAUGACCAUGGGCUGCAUCUACUGCGGCAUCAGCAGCUGGGACAUGUUCCGGGAGGCCUAUGCUGCCAUUGAGAGAAUGAAACUGCUUGAGAAGGAGAGACUGCAGGUGGCUGCCAACCAGACGUACUACCAGACACCGCCCCCCACCUUCUCCUUCCGCCAGAGGGCCUUCCACAAGAGCAUAGUCUACCUCUGGGUCCUGUGCAGCUCCGUAGCACUGGCCCUGGGGGCCCUCACGCUGUGGCACGCUGCCCUCAUCAGCCGAGGGGAGACCAGCAUCGAGAGACACAUCAACAAGAAGGAGAGGCAGAGGCUGCAGAAGAAAGGCAGAGUGUUCAGGAACCCCUACAGCUACGGCGCCUGGGACAACUGGAAGGUGUUCCUGGGAGUGGACACACGCAGACACUGGCUCAUCCGUGUCCUGCUGCCUUCUACACACCUGCCCCAUGGAACUGGCCUGAGCUGGGACCGGCCUCCCUGCGUGACAGAGCCACGUGCACCUCUCCUGGCCAUCUAAUGGACAUCGGGGCAGAGGCGCAGGUUGUGGUACCCGCCCCCCAGCCCGGGCCAGCAGAGCCUGGAACCAGCAGAACCUCCUCGGGGUGUCCUCCGCUCACUGACCCCUCCAGCAAGCCCCAGCGUGGCUGCAGGCAGCUCGCGGUGCCUGGGGGUGACAUGCUGCGUUCUGGAGACACAGGGACAGGUGGGCAGCAUGUGCAGGGUGGCUCUCUGCGGGGCUGAGCCCGUACCCCACGGCACCUGCAUGUGGGGCAGGGCCCAGGGCACUCACACGUACAGGACAGCAGAGACUCCCCAGCUGGCACUCAGGGCAUGGAGCUGCUGGGGGCCUCUCUUCUUCCCUCCCCCACAGGGGAUUUUAAAUGCCAGAAAUAAAAAAAAAAGUUUUCACUAA